AUGCCAACGGAUCCCCAGCUCAACACCAGUGAAAAUCGCGAACAAGCAUGCAAUUUUCCCGUCGACUAUGAGAGCCAUAUGGAUGUGGAAAUGUUAAUCCGUGACGAAGAUCAUCAACGCACAAGGAAUGGCCAUCGGCCGAUGGCUUCACGUGACGCGGCAUGUGUUACUCUUUCCUGUGCAAUAAAAAUCUCGAUGUGCUGUCUCCUUGUAAUUCUUCAAGAACUGUUCGAAAACCAAGAUAAAUCGGCAAAAGAGUUUCGGGAACUAAUUCGGCAGUACAACAAUGAACUUGCGUUAGCUUCUAUGGUCGCUGAUAUAAAAACUCCAAAAGGCCAUGGCCCUUAUUGUUUUAAAGUUCAUGGACAGGUGUGUCAUUGUAUGGGAGAUCUCCGACCACCUCCCGGACAACAACACAAGUUUGCUCAAGGAGUACAUCAACGAAAAAUGGCCGGCGAGCUCGUCGAACUGGAGGGACGGGCGCCUUUAUUGGAAAUGUUUCAAUGUAACGAUUGUGGAAAAGUAAUGGGAUGU